CUUUGUCGUUGAUGGUCCGGUUUGGGAUCCCGUGCUGUGUGUAAGCUGUGAAUAUGUUUAAAAGUUAAAUUUCUGUUUUUGGGGGGUUAUUCGUGAGAUUUACAAGUUGGGACUUCCUGGGAAACUUAAUGGCACGAUGAGAAGUACAUCUGCGAGGCCGCUGAAGAAGAGGCUUCCUUCUGGGACGGCAGCCAUGCAGGUCAAUUUGAUGCAGUGGGCAGCAUAUGGUUUGAGCACCGACAUGCUGACCCCCCACCCCUUCAACCUCAGCAGCAAUGCUGGCAGCGCUCUUACAUCUAUUGUCAAUAGACAACCUCUGGAUAUGACGCUGAGCACAUGUACUCAACUUCUCUGGUCGACCAUGAUCCUCCGAGAGUUCUGUGCUAUGAGGUGCCAUGUUGAAUUUAACACAUCUGCUCCUCUUUCACACCUGAGACCUUUUUGCAAUAACGACUCACAUGAAACCAGAGAGGAAUAAAGGGUGUGGCUGGUACAGUAGCUCACCAGAGGACUGCUCCACCUCCUCCCUUGCUGUCCUGUCCCGGAGUGCAGAGUCCGGGUUUGUGUUUUCCUUCCCUUUUGUUUUUUUUAUGUUUGGAAGCAACCACUCAACUUGUGAAUUCAUGAUCACAUGACCGUGGACAUGGACGCAGUCCUGUCCGACUUUGUCCGUUCUACUGGAGCUGAACCGGGAUUGGCCAGAGAUCUUUUAGAAGGUAAGAACUGGGAUUUCACGGCGGCGCUCAGUGACUUUGAGCAGCUGCGACAGGUGCACGCCGGCAACCUCACGUACUCGUUCCCAGAAGAGCGGGUGUAUCAGCCGUCUGAGAAGGAGAUGGCCCGGGUAGGGCGUCCAGUUCUCCACCGACAAGACGAGGUGGUGCAAGCGGCCUCAGAGAAGCGUCUGUCGAGGGGUAUUUCUCACGCCAGUUCAACUAUCGUUUCACUGGCCCGCUCUCACGUCUCCAGCACUGGCGGAAGCAGCAGCGAGCCGCUCCUGGACACACCGUUGUGCACUUUCCAACUGCCGGACCUCACUGUGUACCGGGACGACUUCCGGAGCUUCAUCGAGAGGGACCUCAUCGAGCAGUCCAUGAUGGUGGCGUUGGAGAAUGCAGGGCGUCUGAACUGGUGGACGAAAGUCGUUCCAAACUGUCAGAGUCUGCUGCCGCUGGCAACGAGUGGAGAUGGAAACUGCCUGUUACACGCUGCCUCGCUUGGUAUGUGGGGCUUCCAUGAUCGCGACCUGAUGCUGCGGAAGUCUCUGUAUGCGCUGAUGGAUCAUGGCCUGGAGAGGGAAGCUCUGAAGCGCAGGUGGAGGUGGCAGCAGACCCAGCAGAACAAAGAGUCCGGGCUGGUGUACACAGAGGAGGAGUGGCAGAAAGAGUGGAACGAGUUGUUGAAGCUGGCUUCCAGCGAGCCAAGAAUCCACUACAGCACCAACGGCACCAACGGGGCCGAGUCUUCUGAGGAGCCUGUUUAUGAGAGUUUAGAGGAGUUUCACGUCUUCGUCUUGGCUCACGUCCUCAGAAGGCCCAUCGUCGUGGUGGCUGACACCAUGCUGAGAGACUCUGGAGGAGAAGCCUUUGCUCCCAUUCCGUUUGGAGGCAUCUACCUUCCGCUGGAAGUGCCAGCUGCCAAGUGUCAUCGCUCUCCCCUGGUCCUGGCAUAUGAUCAGGCACACUUCUCUGCCCUGGUCUCCAUGGAGCAGAAGGACAGCUCCAAAGAUCAAGCAGUUGUGAUUCCACUCACCGACUCAGAGCACAAAAUGCUGCCUCUGCACUUUGCCGUGGACCCUGGGAAGGACUGGGAAUGGGGAAGAGACGACACAGACAACGUGAUGCUGGCGAGUGUGGCUCUCUCCUUGGAAGCCAAGCUCCAGAUGUUGCACACCUACCUGACGGUUACCUGGCUGCCGCUGCCCUGUGAGCAAGCCCCUCUGGCCCAGCCGGAGUCCCCAACAGCUUCGGCGGGAGAAGACGCCCGGACGCCUCCCGACUCCGGGGAGUCCGACAAGGAGUCGGUCAGCAGCAGCUCCAACGGCAACGGAGACACAACAGCAGGCUCGACUGCCAACGGAAACGGCUCUCUGGCCAAAAACAGCUCGUCCUCCUCCUCUAGUUCAUCCAGCAGUGGUUCUGCAGGGGCCGGGAUGGGCGGGAAGGAUAAAACAAAGAAGGAGAAGGAGAAGGACAAAGACAAGAAGAGGGCAGACACUGUGGCAAACAAGCUCGGCAGCUUCGGGAAGAGCCUGGGCAGCAAGCUGAAGAAAAACGUGGGUGGACUAAUGACUGGGAAGAACGCUGGAGCAGCAGGCGCCAAACAGGAAGGCGGGGAGAAGAAAAAGGGCUCAUUUAGGGGGAGGAAGGGUAGCAAGGACAGUUCACCUUCCACCCAAGCCUCCGAGGAUUCUGGGAAAGGAUCCCCAUCAUCAGGUAGCGAACGUCUGCUUGGAACAAUGAGCAGUAUGAGCAGCAGUGGCGGCAGCAGCACGGAGAGCGAGCACUACAAGUACAGCGCUGACGUGAAGGUCAGCCUGGGCAUCCUGCGAGCCGCCAUGCAAGGUGAGAGGAAGUUCAUCUUCGCCAGCCUUCUCACCACCAGCAACCGGCAGCCCUUCCAGGAGGAGAUGAUCCAGCGCUACCUCACAGAUGCAGAGGACCGCUUUCAUGCGGAGCAGGAGCAGCAGCGGCGUGACGCAGACAGAAAAGGUAUCACAAAUAACAUCCAGCCUCCUAAAAAGGAGGUUCUCUGUGGUGCAGAGCUGAGUUAUCGGCCUUACGAGGCCAAAGAGGAGCUGUCAGAGAACUCACCUGCCUUCAAACCUACGCCUUUGAAUCCCGCUCUGUACUCUGCUGUUGUGCCCAUCCCACGACCCUCGUUCAUCGAUCAGCCUCUUGCAGCACCCCCUCUGACUCAGCAUCUUCUCAUGCACAGCCACCUGGAUACACGCCGCCAGCUCGCCGGUGGUUCUCCGGCCACUUCCUAUCCGGGCCUCCCCUCCUAUGCGACCCUUCCUCGCCACUGCCCCACAACACAGGGUCCCUCCCAUCCCCAGUACAUCUCCUCGCAGGGACCCUUAUCUCUGGGCCCCUCAUCUCUGGGCCCCUCAUCCCUGAGCCCCUCCCGUCCCGCUCCCUCCUACCCCCCAGAGUUCGAUCCACCUGAUUAUCCCGGGGCCGAGCCCAUCGCCGGGGGCUACACUAACGGCUUCCGGGACCUGAGCUCCAACCUGGACUCCCGGAGCGGGCAGCCCCCUAUCAGACACUACUCCCUGGGCAGCGCGGGCGGUCUGGCAGGCCUGCAGUCCAUCCGCUGUCGGACACCCAGCUGCAACUACUAUGGACACCCGGAAACGGGAAACUACUGCUCCUACUGCUACAGAGAAGAGCUGAGGAAGAGGGAGACGGAACCAGUCAUUCAUCGAUUCUGAACGGAGCGCACCGUGGCUUCAGAGUAAAGAGUGGCCUUUUUGUGUUUCAGUUCAACAGAUCUGCUUCUGGGAGUAAUGGGAAAUGGCCUUCUUUGUUUUUACCGUGUCAUUUCCUGUUGAAGGUGAAGAGAAGAAACAGGGUGGUUUCUCGCUGCUGGGGGGGGGUUAGGGUCAUGUGUUAGCCCAUAGAAUAAACUGACUGCACUUCUGUUACAUUUUUGCUCUUAUGCAGCUGGUGUGUGUGUGUGUGUGCGCGUGUGUGUGUGCGUGUGUGUGUGUGAGAACUACGACUCUCCUUUGUAACAUUUAGACACCUUGCUACUGUCUCCUCCUAGUGGAGAGAAUGUAUACAGCAGGCAACGUAUAUAGCACUCAUGCAGGACAUUCACGCUUCAUAAAUCACACUACUAGCAGUGAUCCAAGCACAACUGGAGAAGGCACAAGUGUCUCCACUUCAUAUGUGGUCUGUUGGAAGAUGUUUAGUCCAUUAUCAGUGUUACAGAUAUUACAUUAUUGUUACUGGAUGCUUUGCAAACAUCGACUCCAUCCUGAUUGGAUCGCUUUUACUCACGAUUUGCAUUAUGCAAACUGAAGCUACUGUUUAUUGCUAAUAGCUCAACAUGCAAUGAGCUGCUGCGGUGCUAAAAUGCAACAACGAAAGACAUCUGUACCCCUGCAAUAAAUUCUCCUUUUUAACUAAGUCAUAUAUCUGAAAACUACAUCUGGCAGAUGUCAGCAUUUUAAAGGUGAAAACCUGUCAUCCAAACCAGGUUUAACGCCACCAGGCCUGGUUUUGGUAUGUAGGGACUUACUGUACUUUGCAAAAGUAUUUAGUCCCCUGAACGUUUUCCAAAUUUUUUUCAUGUUAGAACCACAAACUUAAAUUUAUUUUACUGGGAUUUUAUAUCAUGGAGCAACAAAAAGUGGUGCAUAACUCUGGAGUUAAAGCAAAAUGAUGCAUGGUUUUCAAAGAUUUGGACACAAUUUUGAAAAGCAUUGUGUGCAUUUUUAUUCACCUUGUAGAACCAUUGCUAUCUGCUGGUGUUUCAGGGGGUACUUCUCUACAAGCUUCACGUUUUUUUGCCCUUUCUUUGCAAAAUCAGUCAGAUUGGGUGUCAAUAUCAGUUCAGUUCGAGUCUAUUGGAUUUAGAUCCAGGCUUUGACUGGGCCAGUCCAACCCAUAAAUAAGUCUUGAUCUGAACUGUAGGAGAGGACUGGAUGUAUUUUGUUCCUGCUGAACCUCUUUCUGGUCACAAGUGUUUUGCGGCCUCUCACAGACUUUCUUCCAGGACUGCUCUGUUUUGACUCCAUCCAUCAUCCCAUCAACUUCAUGUCCCUGCUGAAGAAGACCAUUCCCACAGCAUGAUGCUGCCACCGUCGUAGGAAUGGUAAGUUCAAGGGUGAUGUUCAGUGUAUGUAUUUUGUUUCUCUAUUUAAAGAGCUAUUUUUGUCUUACCUGACCGGAGCACCUCCGUCCACGUUUGCAGUGACCCUACAAACUCCAAAUCGGUCUUAUUGUGGCUUUUUUCCAACAAUGACUUUCUUCUUGAAACCGUUUCGUAAAGGUCAAAUGUUUGAACACAGGACUAGUAGUAGUUCUGUCAACAGUCUCCCACCUGAGCUAUGGGUCCCUGCGGCUCACUCAGAGUUACCAUGGGCCUCUUGGCUGCUUCUUUGAAUAAUGAUCUGCUAGUUGCUGAAGGCAAUUGUUUGCUCUUUAUUUUACUUUUGGAUAUCACAGUAAAGGGGGCUGAAUACAAUGCAGUGAAAAAAGUUUUUUCCUUCCAGAUCGUAAUUAUGCACCACUUUCCAUUUCACUUAAAAUCCCAAUAAAAUGAACAGACGUUUAUGGAUGCAAUGUGACAGAACUUGAAAAAUGUCAAUGGGGAAUGAAUACUUUAGCUCAAGGUGCUGAAGAUAAAAGCAAUAGCAACAACUGACAUCUAUGACGCAGGUUGUUAACUCUGAAAGUGAACCCAGGUUUUCGGAUCCUGGAUAGAUGCAGCUUUUCUCACAACAACAGAUCUGCAGCAGGAUAUUUGGAAGAACACAAACUGUAACCCUAAACUUAUAACAUGUUCACAUGUAGAGCUGCUUCAGGAAGGAACAUUGGCAUAAAUAAGACGAAGGCUGACUUCAUGGAUGCCUAAAGCAGCGGCAUCACCUUAAAGGAGGUCCAAUCUCAUCUGGUGCAGGUAAUUUUAAAGAUGUUGAAAACUUUUGGUUUUUUAGUGUCAGCUGCUACACUUGCUGUUUUAAUUGCUCUUUGCACCAAAUAAAGAACAAUUUAAAAAAACAUCAUAUUAGACAAUUGGGUUAAGAGAGAUGUACAAGUUUAUUGUUUUCUAGGCUUAAACAGAAUUAAAAAAAGGGGUAAAUUUAUUCAGGAUUUUUAAAUAUUUUCUAAAAUCUUAUGUUUAUACGAUUUAUAAUAAUUCCUGUCCAUCCUUGACCAGGCUAAAUGACAACCACCAUGGAUAAUCUGCUUAGAGCUCAGUUCUUUCUGAUAACAAAGGUUUAAUCAUUCAGCGCUCAUCUACAAUACUCUGACAUAGUUUUACCUUCUUCGCAAUUCAAGCACUUUUCCAGAUGUUUUCUGGAUUUUUUUUCCCCUGAUAGUCUCUGCAGACACUGCCACCUUGAAGUACCGGCUCAAACCGGAGGGUUUUAUUUAUUAACAGCUUCCUUCCAGUCGGAUUUGUCUUUAAAACGUUUGUACAAACAUUUGCAGAUUUCACUAUUACUGACCCCUUAACUUACCAAAUAAUUGCACAAUGUUGAAUUUGUAUCGGUCCAAUUAAAAAAUUACACCUUUGUUAUUUAUAGUAAGCACUAGAAAUAAGCUGAUAAUUAGGUGGAUUUCUUUGAGUCUUCCUUGUUACUUCAAGCUAAAGACAGUUGUUGCGGUUCUCACGUCUUACUGUUUAACGUUUCACUACAAGAAGCCAUGAUGGAUUCCUGUUGCUCUGUCUCUCAAUGAGGUUGUUAGAAAAGCACAAAAUAGUAUGCAAUCACUGCCUUGCCCAUUAGAGGGUGCUCUCGUCUUGUUUUCCGUGUGAAGUCAGUUUUGACUCUGGCCCUGCUGCUCUCCCAGCUACAAACAUCAACUCCCUAAAACAGAUAAUAAGAUGUAGUUUUCAUUAGUGUUGUUGAAACACUAUUUAAUAGCAAGAUGCUGCUAAAGCUGCUCAAAGAAACGGCAUCUUUCUGCCGUCUGUUCAAUUUACAAUGAAACACUGACGUUUCCCCAAACAACCAACCCUUAUCAGUAUGAAUGUGUGUCAGAAUGUGUUCAUCAUGUAGGAUUUGACCCUUCGUUAGGGGAGUAAAGUGUGUAUUUGUGUGCUAUCCCUUCCUCCAAAGUAAUAAUUAGCUCACAAAUGAUCAGUUGUUUGUGUUGCUGCGAUGAAAGAAACUUUACAGGCUGCAAACCGUUUCUUUUUGUAUUUAAGAAGACAAACAGAAGAGCUUGAGAGGUUGUAUAAAUAUGUUCCAAGUUAUUUUUGUAAGCCCAAAGUUUUCCAGUGUUUUUAAAAGGGUAAGAAUGUAUUUUGUUGGAAACUUCCACAGUUCUGAGAAUAAGCUUGUUAAAGAGGCUGGAUUUGGGGUGGGAACGUCAUGUUUUGGGUGUUGAAGGAGACCCCCACAUGGGCCUUUUUGAUACUUGAGGCUCUCUCAUUGCAAAGUAAUUUCCUUAAUACUGACAUAACAAUUUGAGAAUAUAUAAAUAUAUAUAUAUAUAUAUAUAUAAAUAUAUAUAUAUUUAUAGUGAGAUUUUUUUGUCCUUUUAAAUAGGUUCCUUCUGGGAAGUUUAGUUGAGACCAUUUAGGAUGUUCUUUCCGGCUAAUUUGUCUGAAGUCCAACUUUUGUUUGUUGCUUUUUAAAUUUGUAAAAGUUUAAUUUUGAUGCUGCAGCCCUCCGUCUAUCCUUCAUUUAAACAAAGUCUCUAUUUUGACUCUGCUCAUUUCCUUGGAACAAGAAGAGAAACGGCUCAAAUUAGCUUGCGACUCAACGGACUCGUCAUUGUUUGGGGGCAACGCGGAAAACAUCCGAGCUACAUGGGACUGGAACUGUUGCAUGUAAAUGGCGAACCAUUCUACCAAAUUUGUGCGUUAUUCUAACUUGAUUUUUGUUCUUUGUUGUAAUUUGUUCGGUUUUGAUUUUUUUUAUCUUCAAUUACUUUGGUUUGUUUUUUUAAAAAAAAAUCUCUAAAAGGCUGUGUGACAGUGCAAUCUGGAUAGAAAGGACAUCAGAUUUUAUGUUAGUUAUUAUUAUGAUUAUUUUUUGCACCGUUUGAAUAAAUUCUCAUUGUAUUUCAA